GGGAGAAGAAGAUUGUCAAUCGCGGGCGUCGGGGCAAUGAGUGAUCGCUAUCGCCAUCGGUGGUGAUAUCAUGAGGGAAGUGGACACUUCGGAAACAUCCGUCGUAUGGCCUGCAUGGUGUUACUCAGGGGAAACAACGGUUAAUGAAGAUUUACCGCAACGGCUGGUGGCGGCCGCGGCAGCAGUAGCAGCAGCCACAACGACCGUUGCGCCCUCCACCCAGAAGGAGCGUCGCCGCAGAAGGCGACGGCGACAGCAGCAGCCUCAGCAGCCUCAGCGAGCGUCAUCGAAUCAAUCUCGUCGCCGCUCGUCAUCAUCGGCGUCCGUGUCGUCACCGUCACCGCCGCCCCUGCCUCCACCGUCUUCGGUGUUCGUCGGGCGCGGAAAGCGGAAAUCAAUCACUCGAACGACGCCACUCGGGAGUCCCGUCGGCGGGAGCGCCAUUACGGCCGCGCUCGAGGCCGCCGGUUCCGAAGUGGAGCUGGGCGGAAGCACCACCACCACUACCAGCCACUACGAUGGCCGUAGUAGCCCUGCCACCACCGCACUGCAGCUGCUAACUGGCUGCCGAGGAGACCGAAGCCGCCGAUCGAGUGACAGCGAAGAGAAGGAGGCGCCGGGCCGGACGGGGGCCGAGGUUCGGGAGGUGAACGAGUGCUAUCGCUUCGGUGCUAUCGAUAGCCGUGUCCUGCGCCAGCAUCGAGCUGCGCUCCACUCACUGGACAAGAUGCUGAGCGAACGGAUCUACGACAGGAAGAAGUAUCUCAACUCGCCCACCGGCGGUGGUGUGGGUGGCGGGGGAGUGAGUGGUACGGCCGGGAGCCCCACGGGAACGCACGGUGGGGGCACGGGGUUCUACGAGAAGUACCGCCACCUCAACGGGAGCAGCGGCGACACCGGCGGAAGUGGCAGCGGCAGCGUCAUCGAGUUGAGUCUGAUCAAGAACGGAACGGUGGCCGCCGGAGGAGGUGGCGGCAGCAGUAUAAACGGCGUCGGGGGCUCCAGUGCCCAUCUCAGUGCAAUAGCGGCAAGCAUCAUUAGCGGUAGCAAUGGGAGCAGCAGCGGGAACGGUGGCAUCCCCGGGGACGCCACUCCGGCGGCGGCUGUCAACAGUAAUGGCGGCGCCGCCGGAGGGGGUAGUAGCGGCAUCGGCAGCUUAGGCAACACUAACCAAAUUACUAGUAACAAAUCUAGUGGCAAUAACAACAACAACAACAGUAGCGCCAACAACAACAACAACAUCGGCAGUGGGCAGUGCAUCAACCAACACAGCAACAGCAGCAGCAUCAAGAGCGAGCGGUUCAGCCCCCCGAACACUGAUGCGCAGUCGAUGGCGUCGAGGUCGCGUAGCGCUACCCCGUCGUCCUUCUCCGGGACGCCACCGCAAACGAUGCACCCCGCAGGUGGCGGUGACGGGUUCCCGGUGGCGAGUGGCGGCGGUGGUUUACUUCCGUCACCGAACUCACUGGGCACCGUUGGGCGACCCGAAUUCCAGGCGCGCAACUAUUCCGACUUCAUGCGCAGCCUGGCCGCCAAGUACAACAACAACAACAACAACUCUAAUGAUGUAUCGCAGAAUAUGAAAAAUUCCUUUCUUGAACCAAAAAUGCGCUUCACUCAGCCGAAAUCGUUCAUCGAGGGCUCGCUGAGCGGUGGCGGCGGCGGCAAGAAGAGCAGCCCACUUACCUCCACUCAAGUACCUAAUCCAAGUAUUAUGACGUCACUGUUCUCGGGGCUUCCAUUCCAAUCGGCCGUCUUCCCGCCCCUGAUCGACAUGAGCAGCACGCAGGCCCUGGUCACGCUGGCCCGGGCAGCGAAAGAGUCCGACAUUCACCACAUUCUCAAGACGGACACGGGUGGUGGGCUCAACCGGAAACCGUUGUCCUUGUCGCGCAGCUCCUCCCCGUCCGCGGGCACCACCCACCACCACCACUUCCCGUCACCGUUCGCCGCUACCGGGUACCUGCCGGGGUUGCUGCCCAGCCACCAGCACCACCAUGGUUUGUCCACGGGCUUCCCGUCCCAAGCGGUAGUGCCGUCGGCGGGUGCCUCACUCAAGUCACCCUCGCGGGCACCGGAACCGACCCUGGCCACAACGUUCCCGCUUGACCUGAGCGCAUCCACGCCGACCCCCAGCAAGCGGAUAAAGUUGUCGCCGACCGCGAGCAGCGGCCGCCACCGGGAAGCGUCACCGGCGCCCAGUUCCACCAACAGCCAGCCGUCCGAUUCGCUGCUCGACCUGAAGCCGACAAGCCGGAAGUGCCACGCGCGGAUCGAGGAGAUCGGUGCCUGGACCGUGGACCACGUGUGUGACUUUGUAGCCAGCAUCGACAUCUGCGCCGAGUACGUCCAGAACUUUCGUGAUCAAAGCAUCGACGGUGCCGGGCUGCCGCUGCUGACCGAGGAACACCUGACGAACUCGCUCGGCAUGAAGCUGGGCCCGGCGCUCAAGCUGCGCUCGAUGUUGGCCAAAAAGCUGGGUGGUCCCUGUCCCUGCACGCUCUGCGCCGCCGUUCCGACGCCGCCGACACGGACCAACAGCAGUGGCAGCGGUAGCAGCAAAGGCGACACAACUCCCACCAAUCGGCCCCCGAGCAACGGUUCGAUCGGUUGAUCCGGUGACGGCGCAGUAAUCAGGAUCGAGUGCAAGCUUUCUCUCCUUCUGGAUUCAGCAGAGCUGCCUCGCCGC